AUGUCAUCAAGAUUGGCUGGAAGUAAUGUUCCAGAAGAAUCGAACAUGAGGGUAGCGGAAAGAUUGUUGUGGCGAAUGAAGUAUUGUUUGUCAAGUAUUAUUGCUGCAACAAUAGCAACAACAACAACAACAAUAACAGCAACAACAACUACAACUGCUGCAACUACAACUGCUACAAUUACAGCAACCAUUUAUAUUACUCUUUUUCAUUCAUCAUCAUCAUCAUCAACAUCAUCUUUUUCAUCAUUCUUUAUUGUCUUACCACUCAUUACCACAAUUCUUCUAAUUGUUCCAGAACAAGCUCAUUCAACAGCAACAGUUAGCGAACAUCGAUGUUAG